CGGGCGGUGGCAGUGCUGGCUGCGUCCCUCCGCGCCCCGAGUCAUUAUGCUGCUUGAAAUACUGCUGACACUGGCCUUUGGGGCAACUGCCUACCUAUACUUCUUUAGGAAGAAGGAGGAGACAUUGCCUAUUGAAGACAGAUGGUGGGGCAGUGGCCAGAAACCUGAUUCCGAAGAAGAUGCAACUGUUCAUCCAUUUAAGGUGGAAACCACAGAUGAAGAGCUGAAUGACUUAUUUAGAAGACUUGAUCAAGCUCGAUUCACAGAACCACUGGAAGACAGUUGCUUCUGCUAUGGCAUUAACUCUGUUUAUCUCAGGAAAGUGGUCUCCUACUGGAGAAAUCAGUUCAACUGGAAGAAGCAAGUGGAAGUUCUUAACAAAUUCCCACAGUUCAAAACUAAGAUAGAUGGCAUCAGUGUCCAUUUUCUUCAUGUAAAGCCUCCCCACCUACCUGAAGGCCACUCUGCAAAGCCAUUGUUAAUGGUUCAUGGCUGGCCUGGCUCAUUCUAUGAGUUCUACAAAGUUAUCCCCCUCUUGACGGAUCCGGCAAGCCACGGCCUGAGUGAUGAACAUAUCUUUGAGGUCAUUUGUCCAUCCAUCCCUGGCUACGGCUUCUCAGAAGCACCACAUAAAAAAGGAUUUGAUUCUGUGUGUGCUGCCUCUAUCUUCUAUAAACUGAUGCUCAGACUGGGAUUCCAUGAAUUCUAUGCUCAAGGAGGGGACUGGGGCUGGCUGAUCUGUACCAACCUGUCUCAGAUCGCUCCCAACCACGUAAAGGGCCUCCACUUAAACCUGGUUUCGGUUUUGAACAUGAGAUUUACGCAGUUGCUGUCCAUUCUGUUGGGCCGCUACUUCCCAGGACUCUUUGGAUUCCAGGAGGAAGAUGUCAAGCGGAUGUUUCCUUUCUUGCAAAAGGGCCUGUAUAAGAUGUUGAUGGAGUCUGGCUAUGCUCACAUUCAAGCUACCAAGCCCGACACUGUUGGCUGUGGCUUGAAUGAUUCACCUGUGGGGCUUGCCGCCUACAUCUUGGAGAAGUUUUCAACAUGGACUGAUCCUGAAUACCGGAAACUGGAGGAUGGAGGACUAGAAAGGAAGUACACUCUGGAUGACCUUCUCACUAACGUCAUGAUCUAUUGGGUGUCGGGCUGCAUGGUUUCUGCCAUGCGUUUCUACAAGGAGAAUAUAGGGAAGGGGAUUGGCACACAGAAACAUGAUAAGCUCCCAGUACGAGUACCAACAGGUAUUGCUUCUUUCCCCAAUGAAGUCAUGCAUACUCCUCUGUCUUGGGCACAGAAGAAGUACACCAAUAUCAUCACUUUCAACUUUAUGCCCCAAGGUGGUCACUUUGCAGCCUUUGAGGAGCCAGAACUUAUGGCUGCAGAUAUUCAGCAAUUCGUAGGGAAAGUGGAAAGGGAAGAAUGCUGGAGAGAAAUGAGGAAAUAACUACUUUGUAGGGUGCUUUUGACUUUCAGCACUUUGAAGCAGGGGUUCCCAAACUGUGUACAUGUACCCCUGCAGGUACGAAAGACAUCUCUGGGAGGUGAACAGGAGAACUUGUGUAAUGGCAAAUUUAAUUUUCAUUAUAA